AAAAUGAGUCUCUCUGGAGAAGAAAACAGAGAGAAAGAAGAUGAGAGUCUGAUGGAGGGUCAGAGAUCAGACUCGCCUGGAUCCAGCUGUGUGUCUUUGAAAACUGAUUGGUCGAUGGAUCCUCCAAUGAAGUUUGGAGCUGGAGAUAGUUCAGCUGAUCUGAAUCUGAUGGAGGGUGAAAGAUCAGACUCACCUGGAUCCAGCUGUCUUGAGCUGAAGCAGAAAGUGAUCAGUCUGGUAAAGAAAGAGCUGAACGAGUUUGAAAAGCUCAUGAUUUCAGAUGAUUGUACAGCGGAAGGUGAGGACGAGGAUGAGGAGGAUACGAGCAGUAUGAGACAGGAAGUGCUGAAGAUCACCCAGCACAUCCUGAAGAACAUGGACCAGCCAGAUCUCACUAACAAUCUGCAGAAAAAACUGGAACUGGUCACUGCAUAUCAGAUAAAACUCAAAACUAAACUGCUAUCAAAAUAUAAAAGGAUUAAUGAAGGAAUCUCCCAGCAUGGAGGCUCAGCACUUCUAAAUGAGAUCUACACUGAGCUCUACAUCACCGAGGGCUGGAAUCAAGACAUCAAUAAUGAACACAAGGUCAGACAGAUUGAAGCGGCGUCCAGGAGACCAGCAGCGCAGGAGAAACCCAUUAAAUGCAACGAUCUCUUCAGAGACGCGUCCAUCAGAACUGUUCUGACCAAAGGAAUUGCUGGAAUUGGAAAAACAGUCUCGGUGCAGAAGUGUGUUCUGGACUGGGCUGAAGGGAAAGCAAACCAGGACGUUCUCUUCAUGUUCCCGCUUCCUUUUAGAGAGCUGAACCUGAUGAAGCAGAAGAACCUCAGUCUGAUGGAGCUCCUGCAUUAUUUUUUUCCAGAAGUAAAAGAAUUACUUUAUAUAGACUGUGAGAGCCACAAAGUCGUGUUGAUCUUUGAUGGUCUGGAUGAGUGUCGACUUCCUCUGAACUUCCAGAACAAUCAGAACUUGUGUGAUGUAACAGAAUCAGCCUCAUUAGAUGUUCUGCUUACAAACCUCAUCAAGGGGAACCUGCUUCCCUCGGCUCUCCUCUGGAUCACCACUCGACCAGGAGCAGCUAAUCAGAUUUCUCCUGAGUGUGUAGACCAGGUAACAGAGGUACGAGGGUUCAGUGACCCUCAGAAAGAGGAAUACUUCAAGAAGAGGAUCAGUGAUGAGAACCUGGCCAGUAAAAUCAUCUCACACAUAAAGUCUACAAGAAGCAUCUACAUCAUGUGUCACAUUCCAGUCUUCUGCUGGAUUUCUGCCACUGUUCUGGAGAGAAUGCUGGAUGAAGCAGAAAUUGUGGAGAUCCCCAAAACUCUGACUCAGAUGUUCACCCACUUUCUGAUCUUCCAGCUCAAGCACAAGGAUCGAAAGUACCAUGGGAACCGUGAUCUUGAUCCUCACAAGACCAGAGAGACGAUUCUAGCACUGGGAAAACUGGCUUUCCAACAACUGGAGAAAGGAAACUUGAUCUUCUAUGAGGAAGACCUGAGAGAGUGUGGUGUAGAUGUCAGAGAAGUGUCAAUGUGCUCGGGUGUGUGCACCCAGAUCUUCAGAAAGGAGUUUGGGCUCUAUCUGGGGAAGGUCUUCAGCUUUGUACAUCUGAGCGUUCAGGAGUUUCUGGCUGCUUUAUUUGCAUUUUUCUGCUUCAUAAAUAAAAAUAAAACCAGAGAACAAACCACUGAACUGUCUGAUCUCUUCAACAACUCAAACCUGUCUGAGUUCCUGAAGAGUGCAGUGAACAAGGCCUUACAGAGUGAAAAUGGACACUUGGACCUUUUCCUUCGGUUUCUUCUAGGUCUCUCACUGGAGGCUAAUCAGACUCUCUUACAUGGCUUACUGCCACAGACAGGAAGUAGCUCUCACGGCAAAGAGGAAACCAUCGAGUACAUCAAGAAGAUGAUCAGGGAGAAUUCCUCUCCAGAGAAAUCCAUCUAUCUGUUCCACUGCCUGAAUGAACUCAAUGAUGAUUCUCUGGUGCAGGAGGUCCAAACUUACCUGAACAGAGGAGGUGACUGUUGCCUCAGGAAAAGCGUUCUCUCUUUUUCUCAGUGGUCGGCUAUUGUGUUUGUGUUGCUGAACUCACAACAGAAGCUGGAUGUUUUUGAUUUGAGAAAAUACGACACCUCUGAUGAUUGUUUUCUGAAUCUCCUACCAGUGGUUAAAGCAUCAAGAAAGGCUGAACUCACUGAUUGUAACCUGACAAGUGAAAGCUUUGCAGCUCUGUCUUCAGUUAUCAGUUCAAACUCCUCCAGUCUGAUGGAUCUUGAGCUGAGUAACAACAACCUGCAGGACUCAGGAGUAAAGAUGAUCUCUGCUGGACUGAUGGAUCCAGACUGUAAACUGGAGAUACUGAGGUUGGAUGAUUGUAAUCUGACAGAAGAAAGCUGUGGAGCUCUGUCUUCAGUUCUCAGUUCAAACUCCUCCAGUCUGACAGAACUGAACCUGAGUAACAACAACCUGCAGGAUUCAGGAGUGAAGCUGCUCUCUGCUGGACUGGAGAAUCCAGAUUGUAAACUGGAGAUACUGAGAUGUGCUGCUUGUAAUCUGACAGAAGAAAGCGGUGGAGCUCUGUCCUCGGUUCUUAGUUCAAACUUCUCCAAGCUGAAAGAUCUGGAUCUGAGUUACAACAAUUUACGGGAUUUAGGAGUGAAGCUGCUCUCUGCUGGACUGGAGACUUCACACUGUAAUCUGGAGAUACUUAGGUUGGAGGAUUGUAAUCUGACAGAAGAAAGCUGUGGAGCUCUGUCCUCGGUUCUCAGUUCAAACUCCUCCAGUCUGAGAGAACUGAACCUGAGUAACAACAACCUGCAGGACUCAGGAGUGAAGCUGCUUUCUGCUGGACUGGAGAAUCCAGACUGUAAUCUGCAGAUACUGAGGUUGACCGGCUGUAGUGUUGGUGAUGAAGGUUGUGCUGCUCUGGCUUCAGCACUGAGAUCAAACCCAUCAUCACACCUGAGGGAACUGAAUCUGUACUCCAAUAAAGCAGGAACUUCAGGAGUCAAGCUGCUCUUCGAUCUACAAAAUGAUCCUCAAUAUAAACUGGAGAAAAUACUCACCGAAUUACAGCCUGUACGUUAUACUGAUCCAGUUGAUAUGCAUUACGAUCGAGAUGAGGAGGAUUACUAUGAUGAUGUGGAUUACGGUCAACCUGAUGAUGAUUUGGAUUACGAUCAAUAUUAUGAUAAUGUGGAUUACGGUCAACCUGAUGAUGAUGUGGACUACGGUCAACCUGAUGAUGAUGUGGAUUAUGGUCAAUAUGAUGAAGCUGAUAAUGAGGAUUAUGAUCAAUAUGAUGAGGAUUACAGUCGAUAUAAUGAUGAUGUGGAUGAUGUGAAUUAUGAGUAG